GUAGGCUGCGGUAGUAAUUGAUCGUGUCUCACGUUCUUGUCAUGCUUUUUAAAGAAGAAACGCGUAAUGCGGGAAUAAUAUACAAUUACCUUAAUUUUGUUGAAAUAAUAAAUUAAACGUGUUAUAACUUAUAUAUUAAAAUAAUUGAUAAGAGGUAUAAACAUUAUUAUUCCACGAUUAUGGAGAAAUAUGAAAAGAUUGCAAAAAUUGGAGAAGGUUCCUACGGGAUUGUGUUUAAAUGCCGUAAUCGAGAAAAUGGCCAAUUAGUUGCUAUUAAGAAAUUUGUAGAGACUGAAGACGAGCCUUUAAUCAAGAAAAUAGCUCUCAGGGAAAUAAGGAUGUUAAAGCAAUUGAAACAUCCAAACUUAAUUAAUUUAAUUGAAGUCUUCCGUCGAAAAAGAAAACUUCAUCUCGUGUUUGAAUAUUGUGAACAUACUGUGUUAGAUAUUUUAAAUAAACAUCCAAAUGGUGUACCCGAUUAUCUUACCAAGAAAAUCAUUUGGCAAACUUUACAAGGAAUAAAUUUUUGCCAUCAACAUAAUUGUAUACAUCGAGAUGUUAAACCAGAGAACAUUCUGCUUACUAAAGAAGGCAUUGUGAAACUGUGUGAUUUUGGAUUUGCAAGAACUUUAAGUCCAGCAGAAAAUUAUACAGAUUAUGUUGCUACUAGAUGGUAUCGAGCACCUGAAUUAUUGGUUGGUGAUACUCAGUAUGGUCCUUCUGUUGAUAUUUGGGCUAUUGGUUGUGUGACAGCAGAAUUAAUGAGAGGAGAAGCAUUAUGGCCUGGAAAAUCUGAUGUUGAUCAAUUAUAUCUGAUUCGUAAAACUUUGGGUGAUUUGAUGCCAAGACAUAUGCAGAUUUUUAAAGCAAAUGAUUAUUUUAUUGGAGUGAUAAUUCCAGAACCAGAAAAUAUAUUCAAACUACUUUAACCAAGUAGCCUGUCUACCAUAUCGAUUCUAUAAGUAAGUAAACCCUGAAACGUUGGAGAAAUUUCGUCAAGUUGGUUUGGAAGAGUUCUGUGAAACGUAUUUGGACAAGGAUAAAUAUCCUGAGUUUUACAAAUAUGCUCUGUCGAUGGUUUCGCUAUGUGGAAACACUUAUGCGUGUGAACAGCUUUUUAGUCGCAUGAAGUACAUCAAAUCACAAGUGAGAUCGAAUUACUGAUGUUCAUUUGGAAAACUGUUUGCGUGUAGCGACAUCAUCAGUGGAGAUCAAUUUUGAUGCACUUAG